AAAGCACCAUGGCGUCGGGCUGCAAGAUUGGCCCGUCCAUCCUCAACAGCGACCUGGCCAAUUUAGGGGCCGAGUGCCUCCGGAUGCUAGACUCUGGGGCCGAUUAUCUGCACCUGGAUGUAAUGGACGGGCAUUUUGUUCCCAACAUCACCUUUGGUCACCCUGUGGUAGAAAGCCUCCGAAAGCAGCUAGGCCAGGACCCUUUCUUUGACAUGCACAUGAUGGUGUCCAGGCCGGAACAAUGGGUAAAGCCAAUGGCUGUAGCAGGAGCCAAUCAAUACACCUUUCAUCUUGAGGCUACUGAGAACCCAGGAGCUUUGAUUAAAGAUAUUCGGGAGAAUGGGAUGAAAGUUGGCCUUGCCAUCAAACCAGGAACUACAGUUGAGUAUUUGGCACCAUGGGCUAACCAAAUAGAUAUGGCCUUGGUUAUGACGGUGGAACCUGGGUUUGGAGGGCAGAAAUUCAUGGAAGAUAUGAUGCCAAAGGUUCACUGGUUGAGGACCCAGUUCCCAUCUUUGGAUAUAGAGGUCGAUGGUGGAGUAGGUCCCGACACUGUCCAUAAAUGUGCAGAGGCGGGAGCUAACAUGAUUGUGUCUGGCAGUGCCAUUAUGAGGAGUGAAGACCCGAGAUCUGUGAUCAACCUGUUAAGAAAUGUUUGCUCAGAAGCUGCUCAGAAACGUUCUCUUGAUCGAUGAAACCACAAGGAGCGCAAUGUUUUCUGCUCAUGAAAUCUCCGUUUACUAGAAAACAGUAAUAUUGACUACCAAAUAAUAUCUCAAUUGAGGCAGUGCUGCUUUUCUGAGCAAUUAUUCAUUCCACUAAUUAAAAUCUAUUGUGCAGAAUGUUCUAAGAGGUUAGAAAUUGGUGUGUAUAACUACAUUUUUAGAGAUGCAAUUUAAAAAUUAGUGUGAAAUACCCUGUUUUUACUGGGAGACUUGAUUUUUAUAAAGAGUAAAAAUAUGGCUAUAUUAAAGUUACAAACAGAAAUGUGUCUUAAUGCCUAAGGAGGGCAUAGUAGCUACUAUGGAAAAAACUUUCUGUAUUUCUAAACAGAAUUUUUUGCUGUUUUUCCAAAAUCAGAGGAAGUCCUAUGUUUUUCUUAUUUUGUGUCAGUUGUGAUUUGUUUUUAUGCUUGAUAAUAUGAGUAGACUGGAACUUAACAAUAUGUUUGCGUGGGUUGGCAUACCAUAUUCUUGCAUCUGAAAUUUUUAUUUUUUUUUCCCUUUAUACUUGAUUCAUAAAGGCUAUAAAAACAAUGUAUGAAGCCCAAGGGUUCUAAAAUUCAAGCAUGGAUUUUAUCAGUGUUUUCUUUGAGCAGGUUAUUCGUUGAUUCCUCCCCACCCCUGGGUUUCUUAAUCUCACUCACUAUUCUUAAAGACAUUAAAUAAUGCUGCUGUGUUAACUCUGAGUAGAAAGGAAGAGGAAGCCUGUAUUUGGAAGUAGUAUUGGGUAGAAUCCUGACUGUGCCCCUUUGUAGCCUAUUUGACCUUAGCAACUUUUUUUGCACUUUGUUGCAGUUCUGAUAACUCGUUUAUAUGUUGAAUGUAAUCAUAACAACCAUGCAGGGUUGUGUUGAGGAUUAAAAGAGGUAACAUAUAUGUAAUGCUUCCAGUACUGCUCCUCGAUUAGAGGAUGCUCAAUACAAAGUGGCUAGCAUUAUAUAAAUUUAAGUUUUGUGAGUUAUAAAGUAUUUUCUUGUAGUCUCAGUAAAUCUAUAAAUCACUCCUGUAAGUUGUAGGACAGGAAUUUUUGUCCCCAUCUUACAAAUGAAGAAAUUAAAGUUCAGCAAUAGGCUGGUACCAUGGAAAGGAUCCAGUAAGGCAUAGGAUUUCUGGUCUGUUCUCUUUUUACAAAUGGAGCCUUUGGGAGGUAUGUUAGACAAAAGAAGCUUCUUUUACUUAACAUUGUCUUAUUUCAUCUGAUUUUAACCUGUAGCAGAACCAGAUGGCUGAGAAUAUUCUGGAACUAUGGAUCUUGACCUCAAGGAUGUAUGUUUUAUUCCAAGAAAGACCAGGUAGGCUAAGAGGUGACAGGGUACAGAGUUAACCCAUAAACUAAAUAUUGAUAACUGUGUUCUAAAUUAUACAGAGACUACAAAUAUGUCAGCUACUUCAUCUUUUAAAUACUCUUGCUAUGUAAUAAAUAUGGCAAGAAAUAAUAGGACCAGUAUCAUUAAACUUGUUGAAGCUCCUGUGAGUUUUGAGAAAUAAGUUUCGAAAAAUAAGAAUGUUAACAUGUACAGAAUAGAGCUUGCUUAGCUUUUUCCCUAUACUACAAGGUAAAAUUUGUUUCUCAAUGUUUGUUUUUAUUUUAGCUUAGGAAAGGUUUGUGUCGUGAAUAGGUGGCAUUUGAUCAAAUCAAACAACACAAGGCAUUUAGAAAUAACUUUAAUUAAAAAAUUUACAUAGAAGAUUAUAAUAUCAGACGUAACAAAGAUUUGCGUUUAUUUGCCUGGACAACUUGAGUUUGUCUGGCUUUUGUUUUCUUUUUCUUUAAAAAUAAAUGUACAGUAAA